AUGGGAAUUUCUUGGAUCUCAUACAGGAAGAAGCACGAGCUCGAGGCUAUUCUUCUCGACCUCGGUCUGGAGCAGAACGGCACGGACGAGGAACAGCGAGCCCGACUACAUCAAACCACCGUCGCCGAUACCCCCUACCAGGAGAAGGUACCCAGCAGCAACCACACGCUGGCUGUACCACGCAGCACUUCCCCGUCCCCAGGGACGCGAGGAAAAUCGGAGGGCACCGCACGCGCCAGUGCAUCCCAGUCCGACACAGGCGUCUACGCGAUGGUGGUCGACAAGGCGACCAAAUGGGGAUUGUCUUUCGACGGCACUUCCGAUCCGCUCAGCUUCGUGGAGCAUAUCGAAGAACGAGCGGAUACCUACCGGAUCGACCGGAAGUAUUUGUCGCACGCUAUCACCGUCCUCCUGACUGGCCGGGCGGAGAGCUGGUUCCGAACCAGUGAUCUGCAGGGACGCACCUGGACCGAAGUCCGCCGGGAAUUCUUGGAAUUUUUCCUGCCGCCCCGGUACUACCAACGCCUCGACGACGAAAUCCGCACUCACUUCCAGAAAGUGAACGAGCCGUUCAAGGAGUACCUGGUGGAUCUUCGUCUCCAGAUGCGCCGCGCUGGAUUCUCGCCGGAGCAGGAAUUAGAACGAGUCUACGAGAACAUGCUGCCCGAGUACCAGUUGUUUACCCGCCGCCAGGAUUUCAAGACGUUGACCGAGCUCACACAUUUGGUGGUCAACUACGAAGUCGCCCGCAGCCGCGGAGGCCGACCCGUCCGUGGAUACCCGUCGGCAAACGCAGACGCCGAGUAUCCACCCCACAGCAGGAACGCACGACCUAGGGCGAACCCUGUUCACACACCGCAGGUGCCACGCCCUGGGAACGCGACCAACGACGCCGCCAGCCGAGGCACCGGAGGAAACUCCACCCAAGGGGCCACGCCCACCAGGUCAACCGACCCCCGCACCACCUGCCGAAACUGCGGCCAGGCUGGUCACUACGCCACGGAAUGCCGGAACCAGAGGACCAUGUUCUGCUGGGACUGCGGUCGCCAAGGCAUACGCACUAUCGAGUGCUGCAGGAACCAGACGCCGGGAAACGGGCAAGGGCCUCGAGAUCGGAACCGUAUCCGCGCACAGGUCACGGUCGAGGGACGACCACUCACCGCCACCUUGGAUACGGGGGCCUCGCAUAGCUUUAUAAGCGAGCGCCUGGCAAGGGCACUCCACGACGGGAAGAACCAUCGUGCCGUGCGAACGCGGGUGAAGUUAGCAGACGGAACCGGCAGGGAGCUCACGCAGGCCCUGCGAAUCACGAUCCAGCUGGGAAAGGCUCGGGUCAGCGUCUCCGCCCUCAUCAUGGCGGAUGUGCUGGACGACCUUCUACUCGGGAUGGAUUUCCUGUGUUACGGAGGAGCCACACUACAGUGUGGGGGCUUGACCCUCCAACUCGAGCCACCCAUUCCUGACCAACCCACGAGGACCAGCUCGCCGACACCAACCGGGAGCAAACAAGCCGCUCCACGAGCGCACAUCGAAGCCGCCACCCAGGCGCACUCACCGGCCGCCGCAACACAGGCGCAGCCCCAAGCCGCCACCCAGGCGCACCCCGAAGCCGCCAUCCAGGCGCAAACACAAGCCGCCCCACGGGCGCACAAACGGGCCAAGAGGGUCCGCUUCAGCGAUUUGGAACCACCACCUCCAUCCUGCGGUAUCGCUGACGCUGACUACGACAUCGAGGAGGAACCGAGAGCCAGAGGCCACGAGGACAACUACCCGGAGCCCUGGAUCAGGGAGUUUCUCGAACGAAAACUGUCCCGCUUCAACAGCAUCGCCAACGUCUCCCACAUCGCCGAGCACAAGAUCGUGAUGCGCCACGAUCGCCCUAUUAAGCAACGCUAUCAUCCACGGAAUCCCGCGAUGAGGGCCGUCAUCGACCAACAGAUCGACGAGCUUAUCCGCGAUGGACGCAUAGAGCCUUCCAAGAGCCCCCAUAGCGCGCCGAUAGUCAUCGCGGCAAAGAAGAAUGGAGAGGCCAGGAUGUGCAUCGACUACAGACAGCUAAACGAGAACUCGAUCCCCGACGCUUAUCCGCUGCCGCGGAUCCACCACAUCUUGGAGCGGCUGCGAAACGCCCGCUAUAUAUCGACGUUGGACCUGAAGAACGGGUACUGGCAGAUCCCAGUCGCCCCGGACAGCCGCGAAUGCACCGCAUACACCGUCCCGGGCCGCGGACUAUUUCACUGGAAGGUGAUGCCUUUCGGGCUUCACUCGGCGCCGGCCACAUUCCAACGGGCGCUGGACACCGUCAUCGGCCCCGACAUGGAACCACACGCUUUCGCCUACUUGGACGACAUCAUCGUCGUCGGCGCCACUCUCUCCGAGCACGUGCGGAAUCUACGCGAGGUAUUUCGACGGCUUCGAGAGGCCAAUCUCCGCCUCAACCGAGACAAGUGCCAGUUUUUCCAGCGGAGCAUAAAAUAUCUUGGCCAUGUAAUCAGCGAGGCCGGGAUACAGACCGACCCCGACAAGGUCGCUGCCAUCCGGGAACUGACCCCACCCACGAACCUGAAGGAGCUUCGCCGAUGCCUCGGCAUAGCGUCUUGGUACAGACGCUUUGUGCCAAACUUCGCGGACGUGGUCGAACCAAUGACCUCGCUACUCAAGAAGGAUCAAAGCUGGGGAUGGACCGAGAAGCAGAAACAGGCGUUCCAGAAGUUGAAGGACCUGCUCACAGAGGCACCAAUUCUGGCGUGCCCAGAUUUCGAAGAGAAAUUUGUACUCCAAACCGACGCAAGCGAAUACGGCGUGGGAGCCGUACUCACCCAGACUAUCGACCAACAGGAGCGCGUAAUCGCUUACGCUAGCCGCCGGCUAAACACCGCCGAGCGCAACUAUUCUGUUACGGAAAAGGAAUGCCUCGCUAUAGUAUGGGCCAUCCGUAAGAUGCGCUGCUAUCUCGAAGGAUACCGUUUCGAGGUGCUGACCGACCACCACUCGCUAAAGUGGUUGAACUCCAUCGACAACCCCACGGGCAGGAUCGCUCGGUGGGCAUUGGAGUUGCAGCAGUUCCAGUAUGACGUGACAUACCGACGCGGAACCCAGAAUCUGGUCGCGGAUGCACUAUCGCGCCAGCCACUGGCCACCAUGCAGCAGGCACAAGUUCAGGACAUCAACUGUAAGUGGAUCGCGAAAAUGCUACACAGGACCCGACAGGAGCCGGCCAAGUAUCCAGACUUUCGAGAGGAGAACGGGCAACUUUACAGACGCAUCGGGCUGCGCCCGGAGGAUGAGGAAUACACCCCUGGAAACUAUGCCGGAGAGGAGCCGAGCAGCUGCACAGGCAGAUUUAAAGUGGCCCGCGACAACGCCGAACGUGCCACGGCCGAGCAAGGCCGGCACUACAAUUUACGACGACGGGAGUGGAAGCCACCAUUGGGCUCCCUCGUUCUCGCCCGCCAUCAUGUGCUAUCAAACGCCGCCGAGGGCUUCGCGGCCAAACUGGCUGCGAAAUAUGAAGGCCCGUUCCGAGUGAUCAAGUUCCUCUCGCCGAACAUCGUCCGGCUGCAAGAUAUCGGGAGCCGCCGUCGCCGCACGGCCAGCAUAAACAACCUAAAGCAUAUCACCAAAGCAACGCGGACGACGACGAACAUCAGAACGAGGAUAGCCUCAGCAUCACCGCAGCCCAUGACGACCACGACGACCACGACGCCCGUGAUCAGUCCAGAAGCCUCCACUCUGGCAUCGGCUCUGAUCCUAAGGAGCUAUAGGAGCGCAGGAGCUUAG